AUGACAGACGCCGAGUCUCAGGUCAUAACAACGGCCCCAGCCUCUUUUCUAUCCAAUGUGUCGAGGGUCUUCUUCAAAACAUUGUAUUCCAGUACGGUCAACCUUUUGCUUGUAUUCGUUCCUUUGGGGCUUUUGGCUGGUUUCCUCGAAUGGGGUUCCGCUGCUGUUUUCUCGUUGAACUUCCUCGCAAUUGUUCCUCUGGCAUCCAUAUUGGCUUUUGCUACUGAAGAGCUCGCAGAACAUGUUGGUGAUGCGAUUGGAGGACUGUUGAACGCGACUUUUGGAAAUGCUGUCGAGUUGAUCGUGUCAAUCAUUGCUUUGCAGCAAGGCCAAAUUACCGUGGUACAGGCCUCGAUGCUGGGAAGUAUUUUGUCCAACUUAUUGCUGGUUCUUGGUUCCUGUUUCAUUGCAGGCGGCAUCCACGGAGAUCAGCAGCAUUUCAACCAGACCGUGGCCCAGACCAUGUCUUCUCUUCUGGCGUUGUCUGUUAUUGGUCUGCUGUUGCCUGCAGCUUUCCACGCCUCGUUGCCUGCUCCUACCAAAGAGAACCCGGGAAGUGACAUUGAUGGAAAGAUUCUGUCGUUUUCAAGGGGAACGUCUAUCAUUCUCCUGAUAUCCUACUGCUUGUAUCUGUUCUUCCAGCUGAAGACCCACAAACAAUUGUUCGAAGGUAUCAACGACGAAAGUACUGAAACUGAGAUUGCCAUUUCGGACGAGCUGGACCCUUCUUCCAGUAACGGCUCCGUUCACAGAAACGGCUCUAUUGGAACAGAUGGGUUCAGACAAACCCCUACUUUGAUCUUCAAGAAAUCUCAACCAGCGCCAUCAGCAUUGUCAGUGAAAGAGGCCACCACGGUGCUCAUUCUGGCCACUCUGGGAGUCUCUUUCUGUGCUGACUACUUGGUUGGAUCCAUUGAUGCCAUCGUUGAAUCGUCAGGUCUGUCCAAGACCUUUAUUGGUUUGAUCGUUAUUCCUAUCGUUGGAAACGCAGCUGAACAUGUGACUGCAAUUGUUGUUGCCGCAAAGCAAAAGAUGGAUCUAGCUGUGGGAGUUGCCAUUGGCUCCUCUCUGCAAAUCGCUCUAUUCGUCACCCCAUUCAUCGUCCUCGUUGGAUGGGCCAUGGAUAUCCCAAUGACUCUGUAUUUCUCCACAUACGAGACUGCAGUCAUGUUUGUUGCUGUAUUUAUCACAAACUACCUGAUUUUGGAUGGAGAGAGUAACUGGCUGGAAGGUACCAUGCUGUUGAGUACUUACCUGAUCAUUGCGAUCUCUUUUUUCUACUACCCUGACACUCUGGCCCAGUGA